GAUAAUGAUUCAUCCCCACGAUUCUCAAUAUUAUGAUUAUUCAUCUUAAAAGUCUCAAGAGCAUAACUGUUGCUCUAUCUAAAAAAUCUCAACCGAGCAAUGCAUUGAUGUUAGUGACUAAAAACUCGUAAAACUAAUUCACCUUCAGUGAAGGUGAAGUACUUCUUAAAGAUAAACAUGUUUAUUAAACUUCAACUUACUCAUAAGUAAAACAUGCAAUAUAACGUAUAACAAUAAUUCACAUGUAAUCACAUGCAUCAUAUAGACAUACAUAGACAGAUAUGUCACAUAGUAGUAAAUCUCAAAAACUUAAAUACCAUCAGGCAUAAAAUUUACCCUCUUUAGUAAGUGGACCUCAGCCAACAGUACCUAGAUAACCUAUAAUCUGAAAAGAUACUAACUUUAGUCGGUCAUCCUCCAAAAUAGUCCUUGCUUAGUCCCAAAAUUCUUUAAAAAGGUGCUAAAUCUCUUUUAAAUAAUCUCCUCGAAAACUAAAAUUUUCCUCCAUUUGUUUAAGACUUAAAUUAUUACUAUUAACUCAAAUUCCGAUUUUGACUGCUUUAGGGAUGGCAAUCAAACCCAUGCCCGCGGGUAGGUGACCGCCCCCAUCCAGUCAACGCGAGGAAUUCCUGCAUUGACUGAGCAUGGGGAGGCUAUGGGUAAAAUCUGCAAAACCAUACCCGACCCACCAAAAAUAUUUCUUCACAUAUAAAAAAUACAUUGAUCAAAUUGAAACCUAUCAAUGAUAGUGGAUAUAACUUAAUAUAAUAUAUAGUAGAAAUGCAAAUGAGUGGCCACCCAAAUCCAAAUCUAAUUCCUUUACGUCAAUUCUCCCUUCGUUCUUUUAUGUUUCCCUCUUGUUAACAAGAUAAUUAUGUUAGUUAUGUAUUAUUGCGUAGAUGUAUUAGAGUUAGAAAUUACUUAUUUAGAAAAUAGUAUAAUCUAUCUUAUUGAUUAAUAGAUAUUUCGGAUUAUACGAUUUGAACUGUAUUAAGAAUGAUUGCAUAUUUGUUGACUUAACGAUAUAGUAGGUUUGUUUACCAUUAUAAUUGAAAAUUUACAUGUAAAGUCUUAGGUAUAAUGAUGUUAAAUGUACGAGGCGGGUAUUGCCUAUGGGUACCCAAAAUCCACAGGUAUUGGGAAGGGUUUGCAAAACCUUUCCCACAUAUGUAUGGGUAUGAGUAUGGAAGGAGUACGAGUUUGGGUAUUUGAAAGUGGAGAUUGGGAUGCAGGGCCGGCCCAGUGCUGGUUAGACCCACAGCACAGGGCCUCAAAUUUUUGGGGCCUCACAUAAUAGAAGUUCGUAGGCCGCGGGCCAGAGUAUACCUGGGCCUCAUAAUGCGGCGGAGCUCACCCCUAGCAAGGCCCACCCAACCUGGGCCGCGGAGCUGCCCUUUAUAUAUAUAUAUAAAGGGCAGGCGAUGUGAAUCGAACCAUAGACCCCCUUUUUAUUCAAAACAUAUUCAACCACUCAGCUGGAAGUUAUUUGAUGUGUAUAAGCUAGCAGUUAGUUUAUUUACCCCUCUCUUCUUCUCUUUCUCCAAAAUUUCUCAACUUUCUAAAACCAUCCAAUGCCUAAAUAUUAAUUAUUCACGCCCAAUUUUAAUUAAAUCCUAAUAAAUGUUCAUCCAUACUAUACAAACUCUUAAUCAGCUUGUUUUAAGUUCUAUCCUUUUUCCUUUUUCUUUUGUAUGUGACUUAAUAUUGAUUGGAAAUUUGAAAUCAUUAAUCUUUGAUUUCAAUUUUUAAUUACGUCAACCCAAAAUUUUGAAAAAGGUAGUUCUAAGCGUAAAAGAAAAUAGAGAAUUGAUAAAUUUGAAUAUUAGUAGCCGAUCUUGAUGGCGAUUCGAAAAUUAGAAGUGAAACAAAAUCUUUUGCACAAAUGAACUUGGUAAUUUUUUGUUUAUUGUGUCAUUAGUUAUUUGUGUAUGAAAUAUUGCACUCAAUAAAUUCGGUUUGUAAAUAUUUACAUAGACAAUAUAGAAGGGCUAAUAAAAGAUUUUAUUUCAAAUAAUACUAGACAAUUGUUACUCUUUGAACUAUGAUGGAUAACAUUAUUACUUUUGUAAUCAUUUUCUGAACUUGUGUAAUUUUAUUAUUAUUUAAUAAAUUUUAUUUGUAAUAAAUGUGCGAGACAAAAUUUUGGGGCCACGUUUAAAAUUGUCGAAUAGGGCCUCCAAUUAUCAUUGGACGACGGUCUUGUUGGGAUGGGAAUGGGGAUGGUUUAGGCCCCCAACCCGCUCCAUUGCCAGACUGGGAGAGGAGUUCUCUCUCUCUGACUCGAGGCUGACUUGAAGGAAGAAGGAAGUGAGCAGGCUGCUGAAAGGGGCGAGCGACUCAUUUACUUGUUCUUUCUUUCUCAUUUUCUUUCACUGGAUAGCGGAAUUUCGGAAACUUUUUGAGAAUUCCCCCAUGAAUUGGACUUGAGGGGAGGGGAGGGGAGAUAGUUAGAUCGGUUCAGUAUGGCAUAUCGGAGAAGGGGUCAGCCGUCGCCGCCGUCUUACUAUUAUUCAUACGAGAAUCAGAGGGAUGAGAGAAAGGGGAGAGAAGGCGAGGAAAGAGCAGCGCUAGAUUCAACUUCGACUGCCACCGGACUUGCCGCCAAAGCCAUCAGAGCAUCCUCCGCCGCCCAAACCCUCCGUGAGUCCUCACUUUCUUCCGCUUACACCUUGCCUCCCUCUCCUUCCUCUGCUCCUUCUUCUUCAUCUUCUUUCUCCGCCAAUGCUCCUGCUACCGCUGCUGCUGCUGAUUUUAAGGAUUCCGCCCUCAGUCCCCACGCUUAUACUUCCAUGAGUAGCUUCAACCAAUCUAAUCGCAAUCCCAACCCCAACCCCGAUCCCGAUCCCAAUCAUAAUCCCAAACCAGGUGGUUUUUGGGGUUCUCUUGCUAGGAAAGCUAAAUCCUUUCUCGACGACGAUGAUGCUAAUGAAAAUGAAAAUGGGAAGCAGCAGAAUCAGCAACCCCGACCCCAGUACCAACAAGACCAUGAUUUCGUGCCCCGACAGGACCGGCAACCUCACUCUCCUCCCCCAGAUCCUCAGCCGAUGUCUGAACCGGCUAGCUCCUUGCCGAAGAGUGACACUCGCCACCCCCCACUAAAUGGAGGCUAUAGAAAGAAAGAAGGUCCUGUGUUACGCAAAGGGCUCAAUGCAAUUUCGUCUUCAAUUAACUACAUUGGCAAUGCCGUUGAGGAGGGCCUCAUGAAGGUGGAGAACCGAACAGCUGACAUCAUCCAAGAAACACGCAAGCAUAUCAGGAAAAAGCCUGGUGGUACUGCCACAAAGAACCCAACAAACAGUCAAACUACUGCAUGGCAGCAACCUCCAGUGCAGUCACCUGUGCAGGCCCAGAUGCAAGCUGAUCUAGAGCUUCAAUUGAAGGCAUCUCGCGACGUUGCUAUGGCAAUGGCUGCCAAAGCAAAACUACUUCUUCGGGAGCUGAAAACUGUUAAAGCUGAUUUAGCUUUUGCCAAGGAAAGGUGUGCUCAGCUGGAGGAGGAAAAUAAAGUCCUCAGAGAGAGUCACGAAAGGGGAGAUAACCUGGAAGAUGAUGAUCUGGUUAUUUCUAAAGCUGCAGGAAUGGCGAUAUCUCGAGGAGGAGACUCUCUGGCUUUAGUCAAGAUUCGGCUUCAACUUGAGACACUGCUAGCAGAGAAGGCACGGUUGGCACAUGAGAAUUCAGUUUGUGCUCGCGAAAAUCGGUUCCUAAGGGAAGUAGUGGAAUAUCACCAACUUACAAUGCAGGAUGUAGUGUACUUGGACGAAGGAACUGAAGAAGUCACAGAAGUAUACCCUAUCAAGGUAGUGUCAAAUACCCCGUCCAACCCCAGUGCAGAGAUGUCCAAUUGUACAAGCCUUGUCGGGGAUCGAGAAAUGUUGGUGCACCCUGUGCCACCGCCUGGACUGGGCUAGGAGCUCCCAAUCCGCCAGAUUGGCGUGCCCCACUUCAUUAGGGUGUGGCUAUUGAUUCAGAGUAGCGACUACAAACCAUCAAUGUGAAUGGUAAAGUUCUCCCAUAUCUUUUGUUCUGGAGAAAUAUCUUUGUAUACAGUUUAUACCUAAUUGCCAAAGUUGGUCAGUUUGUUACUGGUAUAUAUAAACUAUCUUUACGUGCUUUGGUAAAUUUGUCGACAGCAGGGAACUGUUUUUAUGAUUCUUCUGCCUGCUCUGCCCUGAGUUACUACUGUAAUUUACUAAAUUGGGUGUUGCCCUCCAUAAAUUCCGACUUAGCCUGGGAUAGUGGGAUAAGUUGGGACCUAGCUAGUUCUGUAUUUGUAACUGUAAGGUUGUCAACUUUGUUUAGUCUGUUGGCCUGGUUGAGCUAGUGGGUUGAGGAUUAAUGGUAUAAUCAUUUUAAUCCCGUUUAGUCAAGAUAGUCAAGAUAUAUGAAAAAAAUAAUUAUAUUGUUUAUUACAUUUAUAAAUUAUUUCAAAUCUUAUGCGUAAUAAUAUAUGCAUAGGAGGAUAUGGGA